CCCGUGACUCUAGACCUGCUGGCAUCCUGUCUGCGCAUGUCCUCUGCCUCCUACCCCGAUAAUGAUGCUACUCGUGCCUGCUGCUGGACGAUGCUCGAGGACGAGGACGAGGAGGAGGAGGAGAAGAGGGAGGGUUAGCUCGUGCUGCUCCACCCUCGUGCACCAGUGCGCAGUUUAAAUGGUAAGGCUCUGAAUUUGACGGGGGUCAUUUGGACUGUGCUUUUGUGGAGUACUUCGUCAUCGUCGGAAACUCCAAACCCUGACUUUUCAAGCCCAAAAUCCCCUGAAAUCAAAUUCCUCAACAAUAUUUGGCCCUUCACCUUAACUCAAGAUGUCCAAGAAGGCCCCCACCGAGGAUGAGAAGUUCCUCUUUGUAGACAAAGACUUCCUGAACAGCCCCAUGGCUCAGGCUGACUGGUCAGCCAAGAAGCUGGUGUGGAUCCCAUCGGAGAGGCAUGGCUUUGAGGCAGCCAGCAUCAAGGAGGAGCACGGUGAUGAGGUGCUUGUUGAGCUGGCUGACAAUGCCAAGAAGUUGACGGUCAACAAGGACGACAUCCAGAAGAUGAACCCUCCCAAGUUCAGCAAGGUGGAGGACAUGGCCGAGCUCACCUGCUUGAACGAAGCCUCGGUGUUGCACAAUAUCCGUGAGCGGUACUUCUCUGGCCUUAUUUAUACGUACUCCGGUCUGUUCUGUGUGGUGGUGAACCCUUACAAAAUGCUGCCCAUUUACUCAGAGAAGAUCAUCGACAUGUACAAAGGGAAAAAAAGACAUGAAGUCCCCCCUCAUAUCUACUCCAUUGCUGAUAACGCCUACAGGAACAUGAUGCAAGAUCGUGAGGACCAGUCCAUUCUCUGCACUGGAGAGUCUGGUGCUGGGAAGACAGAGAACACCAAGAAGGUCAUCCAGUAUCUGGCUGUAGUGGCCUCCUCACAUAAAGGCAAGAAGGACAGCAGUGCUCAACAAGCAGGAUCACAGUUUGCCUACGGGGAGCUGGAGAAGCAGCUCCUGCAGGCCAACCCCAUCCUGGAGGCCUUUGGAAAUGCCAAGACCAUCAAAAAUGACAACUCCUCCCGAUUUGGUAAAUUCAUCCGCAUUAACUUUGAUGUGACCGGCUACAUUGUUGGAGCCAAUGUUGAGACUUACCUGCUGGAGAAGUCUCGCUGCAUCAGACAAGCAAAGACAGAACGAGCUUUUCACAUCUUCUACUACAUGAUUGCUGGUGCUAAGGACAAAGUGAAAGAGGAGCUUCUUUUAGAGUCCUUCAAUAAUUACCGCUUCCUGAGCGCCGGCCAUGUUCAGAUCACAGGACAGGAAGAUGAUGAGAUGUUUGAAGAGACCAUGGAGGCCAUGAACAUCAUGGGCUUCACCGAGGAAGAGAGAGUCGAUAUUAUGAAGGUGUGCUCUACAGUCAUGCAGCUGGGAAACAUUGAGUUUAAGAAAGAGAGGAACCAGGAGCAGGCCACCAUGCCAGACAACACUGCUGCCCAGAAGGUGUGUCACCUGCAGGGCAUCAAUGUGACAGACUUUACCCGUGCGAUCCUCACUCCUCGUAUCAAAGUGGGCAGAGAAGUGGUGCAGAAAGCACAGACCAAAGAACAGGCUGACUUUGCUACUGAAGCUUUGGCUAAAGCUGUGUUUGAGAGGCUUUUCCGCUGGAUCCUGUCCCGAGUCAACAAGGCUCUGGAUAAGACCAAACGGCAGGGAGCCUCCUUCCUGGGAAUCCUUGACAUUGCUGGCUUUGAGAUCUUUGAGGACAACUCAUUUGAGCAGCUGUGCAUCAACUACACCAAUGAGAAGCUGCAGCAGCUCUUCAACCACACCAUGUUCAUCCUGGAGCAGGAGGAGUACCAGAGGGAGGGCAUCGAGUGGAACUUCAUCGACUUCGGACUGGACCUGCAGCCCUGCAUUGAGCUCAUCGAGAGACCCAACAACCCUCCAGGCAUCUUGGCCCUGCUGGAUGAAGAGUGCUGGUUCCCCAAAGCCACAGACGUCUCCUUUGUGGAGAAACUUAUGAAUACUCAAGGGACCCAUAUGAAGUUUGCCAAGCCAAAGCAGCUCAAAGACAAGACAGAGUUUUCCAUUUUGCAUUAUGCUGGGAAGGUGGACUAUAACGCUACAGCCUGGCUGACAAAGAAUAUGGACCCCCUGAAUGACAAUGUCACAACGCUGCUCAGCAACUCCUCCAGCCAGUUUGUGCAAGACCUCUGGAAAGAUGCCGACAGAGUGGUGGGCCUUGACACAUUAGCCAAGAUGACAGACAGCUCCAUGCCAAGCGGCUCCAAGACCAAGAAAGGGAUGUUCCGUACAGUGGGACAGCUCUACAAGGAGUCUCUGGCCAAACUUAUGACCACACUGCACAACACCCAGCCCAACUUUGUCAGAUGUAUAAUCCCCAACCACGAGAAGAGGGCAGGGAAGCUGGAUGCUCACCUGGUCCUGGAGCAGCUGAGAUGUAACGGUGUGUUGGAGGGGAUCAGAAUCUGUCGACAGGGAUUCCCCAACAGAAUCGUGUUCCAGGAGUUCCGCCAGCGUUACGAGAUCCUGGCUGCCAAUGCUAUCCCAAAAGGCUUCAUGGAUGGCAAGCAGGCCUGUUGCCUUAUGAUCAAGCAUCUAGACUUGGACCCAAACCUGUACAGGAUCGGACAGAGUAAGAUCUUUUUCCGCACUGGAGUGCUGGCCCAGCUGGAGGAGGAGAGAGAUCUGAAGAUCACUGUGGUCAUCAUCGCUUUCCAGUCUCAGGCUCGAGGCUACUUGGCCAGAAAGGCCUUCGCCAAGAGGCAACAGCAACUCACAGCCAUGAAAGUGAUCCAGAGGAACUGUGCUGCCUACCUCAAACUAAGGAACUGGCAGUGGUGGAGACUCUUCACAAAGGUCAAGCCUCUGCUGCAAGUGACCCGACAGGAGGAGGAGAUGAGUCUGAAAGAGGAAGAACUAUCAAAGGCCAAAGACAUUGCUGUGAAGUUCGAAUCUGAGCUGAAGGAGGUCGCCCUUAAACACACACAGAUUCUGGAGGAGAGGAACGCACUGCAGGAGCAGCUCCAAGCAGAGACAGAGCUGUACGCAGAGGCUGAGGAGAUGAGAGUUCGUCUGGGGGCUAAGAAGCAGGAGCUGGAGGAGAUCCUCCAUGAAAUGGAGGCGAGGCUGGAUGAGGAGGAAGAACGUGCUCAGACUCUUUUAUUGGAUAAGAAGAAAAUGCAACAGCAGAUGCAGGAAUUGGAGGAACAUUUGGAGGAGGAAGAAGAUGCCCGUCAGAAGCUGCAGCUGGAGAAGGUCACAAGUGAGGGGAAGGUCAAAAAGCUGGAGGAUGACAUUCUGGUGAUGGAGGACCACAACACCAAACUGCUGAAGGAGAGGAAGCUGAUGGAGGAGAGGAUUGCAGACUUCAGUACCAACCUCGCAGAGGAAGAGGAGAAGUCAAAGAACCUCACCAAGCUGAAAAACAAACACGAGUCCAUGAUAUCUGAACUUGAGGUCCGCUUGAAAAAGGAAGAGAAGGGUCGACAGGAGCUGGACAAGGCAAAGCGUAAGCUGGAAGCAGAGUCGAAUGACCUGCAAGAGCAGAUAGCUGACCUGCAGGCCCAGAUUGCUGACCUCAAAGCCCAGCUCGCAAAGAAAGAGGAGGAGCUACAAAAUGCAUUGGCCAGGUUAGAAGACGAGACAGCUCAAAAGAACAACGCUCUGAAGAAGAUCAGAGAGCUGGAGGGGCACAUCUCUGAUCUGCAGGAGGACCUGGACUCUGAGCGGGCGGCUAGAAACAAGGCUGAGAAGAUCAAACGAGACCUCGGGGAGGAGCUUGAGGCCCUGAAGUCUGAGUUAGAGGACACUUUGGACACUACAGCCACCCAACAGGAGCUUAGGGCCAAACGUGAGCAGGAGGUGACACUGCUGAAGAGAGCCAUGGAUGACGAGAACCGGACCCAUGAAGCCCAAGUACAGGAGAUGAGACAGAAACACACCCAGGCUACUGAGGAGCUCACAGAGCAGCUGGAGCAGGCCAAACGAGUAAAGUCAAACCUGGAAAAGGCCAAACAAGCUCUGGAGAAAGACACAUCAGAGUUAACCAUGGAGGUCCGCUCACUCGUCCAGGCCAAACAGGACGGGGAGCACAAGAGGAAGAAGUUGGAGGGUCAGGUGGCAGAUCUGCAGUCUCGCUUCACCGACAGCGAGAAGCAGAAGGCUGAGCUGGGAGAGCGUUGUUCUAAGAUCACUGUUGAAUUGGAGAGUGUGACAACUCUUCUGAAUGAAGCAGAAGGGAAGAACAUCAAGCUUAGCAAAGAUGUGUCCAGCCUUACCUCCCAGCUCCAGGACACACAGGAACUGCUGGCUGAGGAGACACGUCAGAAACUGCAGUUCUCUACAAAGCUGCGUCAAGCUGAGGACGACAAGAAUAGCUUACAGGAGCAGCUCGAAGAGGAGAUGGAGGCCAAAAGGAACGUGGAGAGACACGUUUCCACCCUCAACAUCCAGUUGUCAGAUUCAAAGAAGAAGCUGGAGGAAAUGGCCGGAAACGUUGAGCUUCUGGAAGAAGGCAAGAAACGUCUGCAGAGAGAUCUGGAGGCAGCGAACACACAGUUUGAAGAAAAGGCUUCUGCAUAUGAUAAGUUAGAGAAGACCAAAAACCGUCUGCAGCAGGAGCUGGAGGACACGCUGAUGGACCUGGACAGCCAGAGACAGAUCGUGUCCAACCUGGAGAAGAAGCAGAAGAAGUUUGACCAGAUGCUGGCUGAGGAGAAGAGUAUCUCCAGUAAAUACGCAGACGAGAGAGACCGUGCUGAAGCCGAGGCCAGAGAGAAGGAGACCAAGGCUUUAUCUCUGGCGAGAGCUCUGGAUGAGGCCCAGGACUCCAGAGAGGAGCUGGAGAGAGCCAACAAAGCCCUGAAGCUGGAGAUGGAGGACCUGAUCAGCUCUAAGGACGAUGUCGGAAAGAAUGUUCACGAGCUUGAGAAGUCCAAGAGAGGCCUGGAGGCUCAGGUGGAGGAGAUGAAGACCCAGCUGGAGGAGCUGGAGGACGAGCUACAGGCGGCCGAGGAUGCAAAGCUGCGUCUGGAGGUUAACAUGCAGGCUCUGAAGGCCCAGUUUGACAGGGACCUGCAGGGACGAGAUGAGAUGGGAGAGGAAAAGAAGAGACAGCUUGUCAAGCAGGUUCGGGAGCUAGAGACUGAGCUGGAGGAUGAACGUAAGCAGAGGGCCCUGGCAGCAGCAGCUAAGAAGAAGUUGGAGACGGAUGUUAAAGAUCUGGAAGGACAGAUCGAGACAGUCAGUAAGGGACGAGAGGAGGCCAUCAAACAACUCCGCAAGCUUCAGGGCCAGACGAAGGAUUUCCAGAGGGAGUUGGAAGACGCACGUGCUGCCCGAGAAGAAGUCCUCGCUACUGCAAAGGAGAGCGAGAAGAAGGCCAAGAGUCUGGAGGCUGAGCUUAUGCAGCUACAGGAGGAUCUGGCUGCAGCUGAGAGAGCACGGAAGCAGGCAGAGGCUGAAAGAGAUGAGCUCUCUGAUGAGCUCUCCAGCAACUCCUCUGGAAAGUCAGCCUUAGCAGAAGAGAAACGUCGCCUGGAGGCUAAGAUCUCCCAGCUGGAGGAGGAGCUGGAGGAAGAGCAGAGCAACAUGGAGAUCCUCAAUGACAGGAUGAGGAAGAGCUCACAGCAGGUGGAUCAGCUGAACAAUGAGCUGCAGACGGAGCGCACCACCUCCCAGAAGAACGAGAGCGCCCGGCAGCAGAUGGAGCGCCAGAACAAGGAGCUGAAGGCCAAGCUCCAGGAGAUGGAGAACCAGGUCAAGUCCAAGUUCAAGUCCUCCAUCACCGCCUUGGAGGGUAAAGUGGCACAGCUGGAGGAGCAGCUGGAGCAAGAAAACAGAGAGAAGCAGGCCGCAGCCAAGGGUGUGCGCCAGAAGGACAAGAAGCUCAAGGACCUAAUUAUGCAGGUGGAGGACGAAAGAAAGCAGGCGGAGCAGUACAAAGACCAGGCAGAGAAGUCCAAUACCCGCAUGAAGCAGCUAAAGAGGCAGCUGGAGGAGUCAGAGGAGGAGUCUCAGCGUGCUACAGCUGCCCGCAGGAAGCUGCAGCGGGAGCUGGAUGAAGCCACCGAGACCAGUGACGCCAUGAGCCGGGAGGUCAACUCUCUCAAGAGCAAACUCAGGCGUGGGAAUGAACCCUCCUUCGGCAGCACACCUCGGCGUAUCGGCGGAGGCAGAAGGGUGAUUGAGGAUGCCUCAGAGGAGGAGGCCGACUCCCAGAGCGACUUCAAUGGAACAAAGUCCGUCGAGUAGAGGAUCACACGCAACCAAAUAUCACUUUAACUUUCCAGAAUGAGGACUCCAAUUUAAAUAACUCACUUCAAGGCCUGUUAUACUAUCUAGCCCUUCCAUAACUCUCCAAUAUAUAAAGUCUCUCAUUUCCAAUUGUUUACUGAUCUAUCUUACUUAGAGCACUUUUCUCUGCACAAAAUAACCAAGACUCUCAAACAGGGAUGAUGUUUGUUGGCUCUGUUCAUGUGUGAUUUGCCGUUACACAUAUAUUUUUCUACCCACACUGUUUUGUACUGCACUGUAUGACUGAUCCUUUCUUACGCAAGGUUUUGUACACGACAAAAAGGCGCCUCUAAUUACCACGCUAACCUGUCGUCUCCAGAAUCACUCACAAUAAGAAGUUAAAGCAGAAACGUCAUGUAAAUCUGUGAAUCUGUAACUAUAGUCAGUGACUGUUGUUCUGUUGCCUGUGACUGCUGUUAGUGUUUUAGAGCAGCGCUGCGGUUGUUGAACAGAUUGAAUGUGUAGUAAAACAUUUCUGUCCUGCAUCUGCCACCAGUCAGUGCUGCUGCCCUGACAACAAGUAUAUAGCUGUCUACUCACCUCUUUAUAUUGCACUUUCCUCAUGCUCAAGAAUGUUUUAUAUCAGAGAGGGUUCAAUGUAACCCAAUUAUAAAGUCACAAGCCAAAGUAAACUAUACAGCACUUAGCAGCACCCUUACCCCCUCCUUUGUUUUGUCUAGAUUUAUUGUACAUGUUGGAAAAUCCUUCAAUCAAACCAUCAAACUAUAUCUGUAACCAGCUGAUGUUUACAUGACACCUUUUCUAUCAAGUAUUUUUGAACCACCUGCACAAUGAAUAAAGAUGUCAAAAAAAAGAAGAGCAAUA